AUGGUUAACAAAUUGGUCAUCGUAUUGGGUCUAUGCCUGUUGGGGCUAAAUCUGGUCAACCUGGCAGCCGUGCCCAAACGACUGCGGAUCAACGAAGAAGAGGAAAUGCAUCCAGUUUUCGCACAGAAAACGAUGCGUUCAUCCAUGCGCCUGAAUCCGGAGGAAGCUGAGCAGGAUUAUUGGCUGGAGGCCAGUAAGAAGCAUAUCCUGGAGAAACUCUCCUAUGUGCGGAACACGAACAAGGCCAAGAAUAUUAUACUUUUCUUGGGCGAUGGCAUGGGACUGGCCACAUUGGCAGCGGCACGCAAUUUACUUGGCGGUGAGGAGAUGAAACUAUCCUUUGAAGAGUUCCCCUACACAGGACUUUCGAAGACCUAUUCGGUGGAUAAAAUUGUGCCCGACAGUGCCUGCACUUCCACCUCCUAUUUGUGCGGUGUCAAGGCCAAUUAUGGCACCAUUGGAGUGAAUGCCCAUGUGAAACGUGGCGAUUGCUUGGCCAUGGCCAAUGAAACGAAUCACGUCUAUUCGCUGGGCAAAUGGGCUAUGGAUAAGGGUAAGGCUGCCGGCUUGGUGACCACCACCCGAGUGACACAUGCCUCGCCAUCGGGUGUCUAUGCCCAUACAGCGGAUCGUGAAUGGGAGAACAAUGCUGUCCUGGAGGAGGCAUGUCCUGGUGAACUGGGUGAGAAUCUCAAUGAUAUUGCCGUUCAGCUCAUUCACGGUGAAGUGGGCAGCAAGUUGAAGGUGAUGCUGGGCGGUGGCAAACGUAGUUUCUAUGCUCCCGAAUUCUAUGACAAGGGCAGACGCACAGAUGGCCGCAAUUUGGUUGAAGAAUUCGAAGCCCUGGACGAGGGCAAUGUCUUUGUGAAAACGCAAAAGAAACUGCUGAAUGUGAAUGCCACCGAAACGGGUCGUCUUCUGGGUCUAUUCAGCAAAAGUCAUUUGCAUUACCAUCUCGAGCAGUUGGCCGAUGAGGAGAACAAUGAACCCACUCUGGAGGAGAUGACCCAAAAGGCCAUCGAAGUGCUGCAAACGGAGGAGCAAGGCUAUUUCCUUUUCGUCGAGGGAGGCAAAAUCGAUAUAAGUCAUCAUGAUACAAUGGCACGCAUAGCUCUGGAUGAAACGGUUGAGCUCUCGAAGGCUGUUAAACUGGCACGUGCCAUGACCAGUGUGGAGGAUACUCUAAUUGUGGUCACCUCGGAUCAUUCGCAUACGUUCAGCUUGUCUGGCUAUCAGCCGCGUCACAGUGACAUCUUCAGUGAGGCCGAAUCUAAGGGUACGGAUGGCAAACCCUAUUUACCCCUUAGCUAUGCCAAUGGCCUGAGUUUCGAUAGUUUCUACAAUACCGAAGGACAUCAGCGUUACGAUCCUUUGGCUCAGCGUACGGGGGAAUUCGAUGAAAUCUUCCCAGCUAUGGCGCCAUUGCUUUCCGAAACCCAUGGGGGUGAGGAUGUUGGUGUCUUUGCUUCUGGGCCAUGGGCUCAUCUUUUUACGGGUGUCUAUGAACAGAAUUCGAUUCCCCAUAUGAUGGCCUAUGCUGCUUGUGUCGGAGACGGACAGACGGCGUGUGAUUAG